CCGCAUCGCCCCUAGAGAAACAUGACUUGCGAUUUCAAACCUGGAGACCUCAUGUUCACCAAGAUGAAAGGUUAUCCCCAUUGGCCAGCUCGCGUAGAUGAAGUUCCUGAUGGAGCUGUAAAGCCACCCACAAACAAACUACCCAUUUUUUUUGGAACUCACGAGACUGCUCUUUCAGGCCCAAAGGAUACAUUUCCUUACUCAGAAAAUAAGGAAAAGUACGGAAAACCAAAUAAACGAAAAGGCUUUAAUGAAGGUUUAUGGGAGAUAGGUAAUCCGAAAGUGAAAUUUUCAAGUCAACAGGCAUCAGCUAAACAAUCAAAUGCAUCAUCUGAUGUUGAAGUUGAAGAAAAAGAAACCAGUGUUUCAAAGGAAGAUACUGACCAUGAAGAAAAAGCCAGCAAUGAGGAUGUGACUAAAGCAAUUGACAUAACCACUCCAAAAGCUGCCAGAAGAGGGAGAAAGAGAAAGGCAGAAAAGCAAGUAGAAAUCCAGGAGGCAGGAGUAGUGACAACAGCAGCAGCAUCUGUUAAUGUAAAAGUGAGUCCUAAAAGAGGACGACCUGCAGCUUCGAAAGUCAAGAUUCCAAAACCAAGAGGCAGACCCAAAAUGGUAAAACAGACCUGUCCUUCAGAGAGUGACAUGGUAACUGAGGAAGAAAAGAAAAAGGGGCAAGAGGAAAAACAACCUAAAAAGCAGCUUAAAAAGGAUGAAGAAGGCCAGAAGGAAGAAGAAAAGCCAAGAAAAGAGCCAGACAAAAAAGGGGGGAAAAAAGAAGUUGAAUCAAAAAGGAAAAAUUUAGCUAAAACAGGGGUUACAUCAACCUCUGAUUCUGAAGAUGAAGAUGAUCAAGAAGGCGAAAAGAGAAAAGGUGGGAGAAACUUUCAGUCUGCUCACAGAAGGAAUAUGCUGAAAGGCCAACAUGAGAAAGAAGCAGCAGAGAGAAAACGCAAGCAAGAGGAACAAAUGGAAACUGAGCACCAAACAACAUGUAAUCUACAGUAAUAAAAAAAUAUAUCUCAUUUUGGGCUCAAAGCAUUAAUCCAGUUACUGAAAAGAAAAUACAAGUGGAGCAAAUAAGAGAUGAAGAUCUUGAGACAGACUCAUUGGACUGAA